UCGCCUGCCACCGCUUAUUAGAGAUAGGGACGGAUUAUCGCUGGUUCUCCUCUCCUCCUCGUCUUCGAGAAGAACCCGUCCUCCGGCCCGCUCUUCUUCUCCGAUCGUAACUGGUUCACUUUUCUGUCUGAAAAUGGAUGCAAGACACUCAACCGAAAUGUUCAAACAUCUGGACAAGCAAAGUGAAGUCCUUAUGGAAGCUUAUCGUGCAAUGUCCCAUGAGCUACAUAGACUUCAGGUGGAAGAAGAAAUGCUUAUGCACAAACUGUAUGAACUCAUGUCUGCUGAAGGACUAAUUAAAAAGGGGAGUAAAGGAGAAAGUAAUACAAAAAAGGGUGAAAGUAUAUCACCACAGGCACCUUGAUAAACUGGAAAAUCACACUGGUGUUGUCUCGUUCCUCAGGCUUGCCGUUCAUAAGGUGCGACCGUUGAAAUUAAGCUGCUGUCACCAGCUCAUCCCUGCAUAGCUUUUGCCUUCUUUGAGGAAUCAAUUGUGAUGAUCAUCAAGUUGCCUAACCUGCGUGUUCCCAAAAGUUUUUUGUUAUAUAUUUCUUAUUUUCUCUUGGAGGAUCAACAGGAGUGCAAGAAAAGGAGGAAAAAUUUAUCAACUGAUAUGAAUGAUAAAAAUCUUUAAUCCAAUGAUUACAAGUUUA